AGCAAGCAAGCAACCAUACAUUUCAAUACUUGAGAUAAGAUUUCAUUUGAUUGAGCAUGACGUCGUGCUCUGUGCUAUGCUUCCUUCUCCUCCUCUUCCAAAUUCUUGUAAUUAUACAAACAACCUGUGCCUCAAAAACAUGUCCCCCUUCUUCGUGUGGCAAUAUCACCAACAUACGUGACCCAUUUCGUCUAAAGGAUGACCCUCCAACCUGCGGGAAUCCGGAGUACGAGUUAACUUGUGUAGAAAACCGCACGUUAUUGUUAUCUUUAUUUCCAGGUAAAAAUUAUUAUGUGAAGGCAAUCAACUACAAUAAUUUCACAGUCCGUGUAGUAGAUCCGGGCAUCCAUGACCAUGAGGGCGAUUGCUCCUCCAUUCCUCGUUAUUUCUUAUCUGAGCCCAAUUUCACCACUACUAGUCGUUAUUAUUAUAGAGAUGCCUAUUAUUAUUCUCACAUUUUCAAGUACGUGAAUUACUUGAAGUGUAGCAACCCAGUGAAGGAUGAUCUUCGAUACGUGGAUACAGCUCCCUGCAACCUUCUCAACAACUCCAAAGGUCAUCUUUAUGCUGUCUAUGGGGACCUGUCGGCUUGGGACUUAAAACUCGAUUGCUCUGCUACAUCUCUUAUAAUUGAUUCCACUUACAUGCCAAAUCAAAACUUUUUCUACCAGGAAAUUCACAGGAUGUUAGUCUAUGGAUUUGAAGUGUCGUGGCUGAAGUGGAACGGUCGCCAAAUUAAUCUGCUAACACUGUUCAGUUCUGUGUUAUUACGUAUUAUAGUGGGCUUUAUUCAAGGACUAGCACAGGCAGCAGUACCUCUACUGAAAGCAAUGGGUGUUGCACGAGGAUAUGAUGCAAUUGGGCUUAAUAAUAGCCUUGAUGUUGAAUUCAUACUUCUGUCGUAUGAGAUAGCAAGAGUUACGGGGAAGUAUGUCUUGCCAUCAUAUAUUCUAGUGAGACUUAUGGUUGGUCUUAUACUUCUUUUUGGAAAUUGGACAUAUACAUAUCGAACAAGACAUACAUCAAUUUAUGAAAAUAUAGAAGAUUUUCUUCAAGGGAACUCCUUCAUACCAAUAAGAUAUUCAUAUAAAGAGAUUAAAAAUAUGACUAGAUGUUUUAAGGAUAAGUUGGGUGAAGGAGGCUAUGGCACUGUUUACAAAGGAAAGCUUCGUAGUGGACCUUUUGUAGCCGUAAAGAUGUUGGGCAAACCUAAGGCUAAUGGGCAAGAUUUCAUUAAUGAAGUCGCAACCAUAGGAAGAAUACAUCAUGGCAACGUAGUUCAACUUAUUGGUUUUUGUGCUGAAGCAUCCAAACGUGCUCUUAUUUAUGAAUUCAUGCCAAGUGGCUCUCUUGAUAGAUAUAUUUCCUCCAAAGAAGAUGGUAUCUCUUUAACUUAUAGCCAAAUGUACACAAUAUCUCUUGGAGUUGCUCGAGGUAUAGCAUAUUUGCAUCAAGGUUGUGACAUGCAAAUUUUACAUUUUGAUAUCAAGCCUCACAACAUCCUUCUUGAUGAGAACUUUAUUCCUAAAGUUUCAGACUUUGGUCUCGCAAAACUGUACCCAAUUGACAAUAGUAUUGUCAAAUUGACUGCAGCAAGAGGAACGAUUGGCUAUAUGGCUCCAGAACUAUUCUAUCAAAAUGUUGGAGGAGUGUCCUAUAAGGCUGAUGUCUAUAGCUUUGGAAUGCUUUUGAUGGAAAUGGCAAAUAGGAGAAGAAAUUUGAAUCCAUAUGCAGAUAACUCAAGUCAAAUUUUUCUCCCUAUUUGGAUUUACGACCAAUUGAUUGAAGAAAGGGAGAUAGAAAUUGGAGAAGUUACUUACAAGGAAAAGAAUGAUGUGAAAAAAAUGUUCAUAGUGGCUUUGUGGUGUAUACAAUUGAGACCCGAUGAUCGUCCUUCAAUGAACAAAGUAAUAGAGAUGCUUGAAGGAGAAGUUGAAAGCAUUAUCAUGCCUCCAAAGCCUUCUCUAUACCCAACUGAAAUUAUUCAAGAUCCUAGCAACAACUAUGAUGAAUUCAUAUCGGGUUAUACUUCUGGCACAAUGUGUUUUCUUGAGGAAACUAUAGAAGGUCCUUUAUUGAAGGACUCUUCUUAAUCUGUGCUAGUAAUUUAUAUUUCAUUAUUAUUUUAUCGAUUAUAAUUACCUUCGCGAACAUCAUAAUUCUUGAUGAAUACAUAUUACUCUCUAUUAAUUAAUAA